AUGGCGCGCGGCCUCAACAGCGCGGCCUGGACCAGACGACUCCUAUGGAGGUGGAUGUGUGUGUUGGGAUGCUCCCUUCUCGUUCCUUCGCAGGCCUUUUACGUGCUUUACGCCGCUAUGUCCCCUCUUGGCUGCCACCGUUUCGUCAAUGACAGAGGUCCUCCACGAGCGGCUAUGGCGGCUAGGACUGUGCCUGACGACAGGGCAGGGGGUGCUGACCCGAUUGCAUCUAUCGAGUGUCUCGAUGCUCUUGUACCACGUGCCGAGGUUGCGAAACUCAGUCGACAAAGGUCUGACCUGCAAGGGGCGCUUCAGCUCUUAUUUCACGGUAGCAUCUUUACAAUUGUCGCUUGUUGCCGGCUGCCUUUGUAUUCACCUGUCAUGGGAACGGCAGUCGUGUCGGCAUUUUUCUUCCAUGGCCUCCAUGAAACGGUGCACCAGACGGCAUUCCGUUCUCGUUGGAUCAACGUGCUGGUCGCGCAUUUUUUGGGAUUCUUAUGCUUGCGGCCGGCCCGUCAUUAUUGGUACUACCACUUGGAUCACCAUCGAUACACGGGCAAUCCGCAACGCGAUUCCGAACUGCAGCCAGGCUCUUUCCUGGAUUUGGCGAUUGAUCGUCCAGCACAGUACCUGCUUUACCUCUCAGGUAUACCCUUUUGGUUGGAUGCCGCCUCCACCCUCGUGAGCCAUGCCAUCGGAAGGUGCCAGGAAGCAUACUUAAGGAAUCAGAGGGCCUGCGAUGAAGUGAAAAGCGAAGCACGCGGUUACCUCUUGGUUUACGGUCUCCUGGCCCUUUUGGGCGCCAGGAGUCCAGGGACGGCUUGGGUGCUUUGGCACUUCUGGGUUUGCCCUGCUCUUUUUGCACAGCCCAUUUUGAGGUUCUACUUGCUCGCUGAGCAUCGUGGACGCAAGCUUUCCACUGUAGUCUACAAGAACACUCGUACCACCUAUACGAACUGGUUUCUUCGACGGCUGGCAUGGUGCAUGCCCUAUCACAUGGAGCAUCAUGCCUGGCCUUCGAUCCCCUUCUACAAACUCAGGGAGGCCAAUCACCUGCUGCUUCGGGCUGCUCAGAAAGCCGGCGGGGAUGGUCUGCUGGAGCAGGGGGAAAUCCAUCCCGAGCUCAAAGGCAGCUCGAGACUCGGAUAUUUGGGCUUCAACCAUCGCUACUGGAUGCAUCUGCUCCGCCGCCCAAAAAACGAAGUCGAACUCAUCCUACAGCCAACUCAGGGUACUUCGGUCGCAGAGCUGUCCCUUCUUCGUGUCCUGUACAUCACCCGGGUCGUGCGGCUCUUCAAGCUGACCCGCGCCUUGAAUGCGGACCUCGGACAGUUCAAUGAGAUCAACGACCUCUUCAAGAAGGUGUUGGCGAACGCCGCUCCAGCGAUUCUGAUGACCGUACUGCUCAUCGUGAUUGCUUUGUUCUUCUUCGGCACUUUCAUCUGGUUCUGCGAGCGUGGGGAGUGGGUUGGCAAAGACUCGCCCCGAUACCAGGCGUUGGUCAUCGGAGAUCGUGGCUCGGAAGCAGGUGCAUGGUUACGAGUUGCAGCAGACGGCUUCACCGAGGAGCUCAGCGAACUCGAUGCAAUGUAA